AUGAUUGAAAAAAGUAAAUCAUAUUCUCCAGAAGAAUUUAAUCAAAAAGAAUCAACACUAAAUAAAAUAAAUAAUUCAUCCGAAUUUAUCCCAGCUUCAACUAUUCUUCAUGGAAUUCUACUUUAUGUAGAUAUAAAUGUUAAUUUAACAAAUAUAACGAUUAAUCAAGAACAGCAACUUGCUUUUUUAUUAUCUUCUCUUGUCAAACAAGUAUUUCAUAUUUCAGUAGAAACAUUGUAUCUGUUUCGUGAUAUUCAUAGUGGUCGUAUUGUUCUUAAUAGUAAUAGAUCAUUAUUCUAUAAUAUUCGUUAUUUGAACAAGUAUUCUUUAUUGAUGAACUAA